UUUUAAUAUAAUCUAAAAAUUAAAAAAAUGGAGGAAGGAUUGCCUAAUGUAUAAUCUGAAAUAAAUAAUAUUAUUAAUUUAUUAUUUAAGAGUAAGUGGCUGGCUUAAAUAUCAAUAGAUAUUUGUUAUUGACUUUCUGUAAUUUAAAAAAAUUGUGGUGAAACUCAAUGUAAUUCUAAAUUGUAAGCACUUUAUCUGAUAGUCUUUGUUUAUUUGAAUCAACUAACAUCCAACAUUACUACCUAAGAUAUGUGUUUAAUUUGAGCAAAAUAUAAGCAAACCUGUUCUUUCUUUGGAUUAAAUAGAAAAAUCGAUGAUAAAAUCAUAAAAUGGUGAACCUGUGGUAAAAUAAAUGAAUGGUGAGAGUGAGGGAUGUUAGGCAAUAUUUGCUUGAAUAUUAAUCAAGAAUAAAAACAAUAAAAAUAAGAUAAUGUCAUAAUUAUGAAUGAAAGAAGAAAAGCUUUAAGGAGAGAGAGGUUUAAAAAUAUAAAAGAAAAAGAGAAGACCAGAUAAAUAGUUUGAAAAUUAGUAAAUGAGUAAAAGAAUGUUAGUUAUAGAUUUGAGAGUUGGCAGGCAAUAUUUGUUAUAAAGGGAAUUAAGAGAGAGGAUAAAUAGUAAUAAUUUAAUUUAUUUAAAGAAUUAGCUUAUCUUUGAAUGAAAAUAAAUUUGUAGAUAUAGAGUAAUUCUUUAAAAAAGUGAAUGAAGUUAGAUUUCAUACAAAUUUAUAUAAUAUUAUUAAUUAUUUGGGAAGUAUUUUUUUGAGGAGCAAUAUAAUAUUAAAUUCAAUUCAUCACAAUCUUUUGGACUCUUUUGUUAGCUUCCUCUAUUACUAAUUCAUUCAAGUCGAAUUUUAAUAUUAAUUUAAUUUUCAUUUAUUUUUUACAUACUUUCAAUUUAUAAUCAGUGUAUUAAUGUAUGUCAUUUAUCUUUGUAUUUCGUUUUAAUUCAUUGUAUAAAUUGCAUCUUAUUGAUGAAAAAUAUCAAGCACUCACACCAUAAGAAACAAAAAUAAGGCAAUAAGAAAUAGGAAAAUAAGUAAAUAAAUAAACAAACAAACAUAUAUUAUCAAUCAAUGAAUAUGAAGUAUUGACUUAAAUAAAUGAAUGAAUUUAAGAGAAAUUAGAACAAUUAAUUGAAUAGACUGCUUAUUUUAAUAAAGAGAGUGCUUAAUUGAAUAAUUUAAUAAAAAAAUAAAGAAAGAAUCAUAAAUAAUAUUAGAAAGAAGAUAUCAUAUUAAAUCAAGCAAGAAGAAAGAAAGACAAAUAAUCAUACAAACAAACAAACAUACAUUCAUUACAUACAAACAAACAUAGUAAACAUAUUUAAUAUGGGAUUUGGUUAAGUCUUUGGUAAAUUGGCUGAAAAAUGCACACGUAACAAGUGUAUUGCCAUCGGAUUUUGCAUCUUAAUUACAGGUGUUUUUGCUUUAGGUAUGUUGAAUCUUAAAAUGGAGACAGAUCCUUAGAAUCUUUGGGCUCCUAAUGCAGGCAGAACCUACUCAGAAUAAAAAUAUUUCAAUGACAACUUUGGGCAGUUUUUUAGAAUUAACCAAAUUAUUAUGUCUGCUGGAUCUAAUUUUUAGUAACCAGGAGGAACUUAAAGCUCCAACCGUCUUCUCAAAUAAAAUGAAUGUGCUGAAAAGCAAAAAGACCCUCUCUUUUUAACUUAAAAAAAGGAAUUUGUGAAUGCUUCAAAUAGCACCUUUGCUCCAAGAUUUUUAGCAGAAAGCGAUGACGACAAUAAUUCAACAGAUACAAAUACAACUGACAGUAAUUCAACAGCCCCACUUCCUAAUCUCUUUUAAUUGGAUACCCUUAAAUGGUUAUACUACCUAGAAAAGGUUAUUAAUACCAGAUCCUUCAAAAAAGAAGGACAAGAUGUUACUGUUGAUAACUUAUGCUACAAACCAGUCUCAAACAAAGGUUGUCUUAUCACUUCCCCAAUGGAUUAUUGGAAAAUGAAUAUUACCCUUUUAAAUGAAAGAGCUGCUUAAUUGAGUGUACCUAGAGACCAAAGAAUGGACCCCAGAAAGGCUCUUCAAUACGAUGCCCUCUGUAUAGAUUCUAACACCAAAACUACUUUGAUUCCUUGUACUGACUCAAAUGGUAUUCCUAUCAUCCAACAAGCAGUCAUUGGUGGUUCAAGCUGUGAAUAAUAUCCUCAUGAUGAUCUCCCUUGUUAACAUUGUUGGAUUCAAUCCUAAGCUUUGGUUGUAACUUAUCUCUUAAAUAAGGACCCAUUUACACAACAAAUUGCUGAAACUUGGGAAAAAGAUAUCUUUGAAGACACUAUUUUCUAAUUCAGAAACAAAACUUUAGACUUUUCUCAAUAUCUAGACGAACCUAUUGAAGUUGAUUACAAAAACGUCAACAGCUGGCCUGAUUUGGAUGUCUAAUUUAUGGCUGAAAGAAGUAUUCCUGAUGAACUUGUUGAAGAAACAAGUCAAAAUAUUUGGGUCGUCGCUCUUUCUUACUCUCUUAUGUUUAUCUAUAUUUCUCUUGCUAUAGGUUCUUUCCCUUCUAAAACUCACUCAGGUUUCUUGAUUGGUUUAGCAGGUAUCUUUAUUGUCAUCUUUUCUAUUGUGUGCUCUAUGGGUUUCAUGGCUUUUAUCGGAGUUGGCAUGACUAUGAUUUCUGGUGAAGUUAUUCCUUUCCUCAUUUUAGCUAUUGGUGUUGAUAAUAUGUUCAUUAUUAGUACUGCUGUUAAAGGUUGUCACGGUGAAAAUUUGUUAGAGAAAAUUAAAGGAGGUAUGACUGAAGUUGGUCCUUCUAUUACUGCAGCUGCUGUUUCUGAAAUUCUUGCAUUCAUGGUAGGUACUUUCACUAACAUUCCUGCACUUACAACUUUCUGUAUCCAAGCUGCUAUUGCUGUUUUCUUCGAUUACAUUUUCCAAAUUACUGCUUUUGUAGCUAUUCUUGCUUGGGAUGAAGAACGUAAAUUGAAGGGUAUCUGUGAUGUUUUCGUUUGCAUCAGAACUGAACCAUCUGAACCCAGAGAAGACUUAGUUAAGAAGUGUAUCUCUAAAUUCUAUAUUCCUGUAUUAAGAAAUAAAAUUUUCCAUAUGUUCAACUUCCUCAUCUUCAUAGGUUUGGUUAUUAUCUCUGUAAUUGGUUUACUUAACUUAAAUAUCGGUUUGAACCAAUAAGUUUCUUUGAUCACUGGAUCUGAUUUGAAUAACUACUUCGAUUCUUAUAAUAAAUAUAUUGAAAUUGGACCUUUGGCUUAUUUGGUCUUAGAAAAUGUUAAUUACAGAGACAACAAUGACGUUACAUAUAUUAACAAAAUAUCAAAUGCUUUAUCUUUGUUGAACGCUACUGUGUAACCUCCUGUCUAUUCUUGGAUUGCUACUUUCAAUUAAUUUGCUAAUCCCAAAUAAAUGUGGGCUAUAGACUGUAACACAAGAGACAUUGAUUAAUAUCCUUUCGAAGUUUAAGUUCAAAAAUUCAUGAAUGUUAAGAUUAGCUCUGUUUGCUGUCAAAAGUAUGGUAUUUGUGGUGAAUAAUUCAAUAAAGAUAUUAUCUUCAAUCCAGAUGGUACUAUUAAAACUUCUCGUCUUAGAUUCUAACAUAGACCAGUUAUAACCAGCAAAGAUUUCAUUGAUACCUUCGAAUAGACAAGACAAGCUGUUGAUAACGCUAGUGAAUUCACUGGCGAUAAAAAGGCCUUUGCAUAUUCUUUGAUCUACGCUUAUUACGAUUAAUACACCUAAAUUAGAGCUAUUGCUAUCUAAAAUCUCUUAUUGGCUGUUGGAGCAGUUUAUUUAGCUAUCAACUUACUUAAGAAUGGAAUGUCUGCUCUCAUUGUUGCCUUAAACGUCUUCUUCAUUACAUUCAACUUAAUCGGUAUCGUUUGGGUUUUAAAUUCUACUAUCAGUGGCUUCUAGAUUGAAAUUAAUGCAGUUAGUGUUGUCAAUCUUAUCACAAGUGUUGGUUUAGGUGUCGAAUUCUGUGUCCACUUGGUUAUUUCAUACAUGAAUACUCCUGGUAAUAGAGAACAAAAGGUAAUUAACGCUGUAAAGUAGAUGGGUUCAAAUAUUUUGGUUGGUAUUGCAAGUACUAAAUUCAUUGGUGUCAUCGUUUUAGGCUUUGCAAGCAGUGAAAUGUUUAGAAUUUACUAUUUCAGAAUGUAUAUGGCAAUUAUCUUCUUAGGUGUUUUCUAAGGUCUUAUGUUCUUACCAACUGUUCUUUACUAUAUUGGUCCUGUUACCAAAGGUAGAACUUCUGAAUCCUUCAUCCAUAAGUCAGAUAUUAGUGAAGGUUCUUAGGAAGAAGAAGAAGUAUUUGAAACAACAGAAGUAGUCAAUGGACCUACUAAAAAGUAACUUUCAGACAAUAUAACAAUAACUAAGCGUAGUAACAGAUGAGAAAAAACAAUUGAUUGAAAGAGUGAUAAUAUUAGAAAGAAUUAAUAAAAUGUCCUCUAUAAAUAUAAUAAAUUAUUAAAUAAUAAAUAUAUGAUUUCAUAUCAUAAAUAAACACAUUUAUAAUGUUUGUUUAACAAAAUAUCAUAAAUAGAUAAUAAAAUUCAAAAGCUUUUUCUUGAAUUAGUUAAAAAACUCAUCAUUCAUUUAUUCAAUCAGUUCAUUUCUCUAUUUGUUUCCAAAAUAUAUUUUUAUUUUUAUGUUUCAAGUUUUGUCAUAAAUAAUUCAUUUCUUUUUUAUCUCCUCUUUUU